AUGGAGAGCUUUCGUUUGUUGCAGUCGGCAGGACUCCAGGACAUGCCCUUGGCAUUCUUCCAUCAAGUCCAGGGUGUGCUGUGGCCGGAGACAGAUGUGCCCCAUGACAUCCUCACUGGUGCCGAGAUCGAGGUCAUCGUGAAAAAUUACAACGAUGGGGGCUCGGUUCGUCAGCUGGCCAGGCAGUUUUGGCAGGCCCAAGAGGAGAUGAGAUUGAAGGCAGAGCCUCUUACACCCGUGAAGGAGAAGGGCCUGGUGACCUUUGGGUGGAUGGCUUCGAUCGACCAAAAGGAGAUCCACAAGGUAUAUCGGUGGAACCAACUGGAUGAGCUUAAGGUAUUGGCUGGUGGGCUGACAAGCCUGGUUACGGUGCCCCUUGUGUCCGAGCUGUGCCUUUGGGAGGCCUGGGAGGAGAAUCGUGCGAUCCGCAAACUUUCUAGAAAGAAGGGAAGUUUGUUGGAGUGGGAGGACCCCUCCAAGGUUAGGAAAUACUUCGAGGAGAUCGACAUCACCCCAAAGCCCGGCAUGAUCUAUUGCACAAGUCACAGCUUGAAGAUGUUCAUGAGCUACAUCAAUCGGCGAAACGAUGGAUCUAAGAGGAAGGAUCAUCGCCUCAAGGCCAUCUUCGAUGCAGUCGGCAAGCACUGGCAGCCCAAGAUUCGCAGCCGCAGAACCUUGGCUGUUCAAGACGAGGAGGAGCCAGCUGAGGAAGAGGCGGAGGAAGAGGAGGAAGAGGCUUUGACAGAGGCCGAGGAGGAGGAUGGGCAGCCUUGCGAGGUUGAUGCAUACCUUGCUGAAAGCAUGGGCCUGGUGACUGGGUCCCCGCAGCCAGCUUCGGCAUAUGUCGGGACAGUGGCCUAUGAGUUGGAUGCUGAGACGGAACAGGUUGUUCCUUACCAGGCACAAGUGCCUGCUGAAAGCAUCGAUCUGGUGAGAGAGCUGGCCGAGCUGGAGCAUCUUGCUUCAAAGCUUGACUCUCCAUUCUAG